GCCACCGUCAAUAUCACCCGAGUCGACCCCCUCCCUUUUCCACCAUCCACUACUCGUCUGUAGUCGUCGUCGGUGAACAGACUAAAUAAUGAGCUCGCGACAGUCAUCAAGCCUACAGACGGUCAACGAGCUCAUCGCCGGCAGCGUCGGCGGUGCAGCUCAAGUUCUGGUCGGACAACCGCUGGAUACGAUAAAGACGAGGGCUCAGAUUGCUCCCAAGGGCAUGUUCAAAGGACCAAUGGACAUUUGCGUGCAGACGAUCCGUAAGGAGGGGUUCCUUGCAUUGUACAAAGGAAUGGCAAGCCCCCUUGUCGGCAUCGCAGGCGUCAACUCCCUUCUGUUCGCGUCCUAUGGAGCGUCCAAACGUAUCAUCUCACCGUUUCCUAAUCUUUCGUUGAAGGAGAUAGCGGCGGCGGGUGCGAUGGCUGGAGCUGCGAAUGCGAUUUUGGCUAGUCCUGUGGAGAUGUUUAAGGUACGAAUGCAGGGACAGUACGGCGCUGCUACGGAUAAGAGGCUACGGGAUAUCAUGAGGGAGAUGUGGUCCGAGUUUGGAUUUAGGAAGGGGGUAAUGAGGGGUUAUUGGGUUACUGUGGCAAGAGAGAUUCCGGCCUAUGCUGGGUUUUACACCGCAUUCGAGUUUACAAAACGAAAGUUCACGAAGACUUACGGUGCCCAACUACCUGUCUGGGCUCUGUUAACUAGCGGCGCCACCGGCGGCAUCGCGUAUUGGCUAGCGUGUUACCCACUAGACGUCGUGAAAUCCCGCGUUCAACUUCGUGCGACACCGCCGAGUGGCACGCCGGUGCAGUAUAUCGCACAUGAGAUUAGGACGAUUGUUGCUGAGGCAGGUGUAUCGGGAUUGUUCAGGGGACUCACUCCGUCGUUGAUUCGAAGUAUACCCGCGGCAGCGAGCACGUUUGCUGCAUAUGAGAUCACUAGAGAGUAUUUGAAAGAAUAUACCGGUGUAUGAUUUUGAGUCAUUGUCCUUUCGUAUACGUAGAACCUUGCUCUAUACAUGGCCAGUGACUGGCCAGUGUCUUCCCACGUG